AUGUCAUUAAACCGUCUUAAUGAAACAUAUGCGUGUGAUAUUUGCAAAAUUCUAAAGACUAAAUGUGCUCGUGCCGUCUCCACUACAUCAAAAACGAAAUGCACUCAGUGCAAAAAACGUAAUCUGGAAUGCACCUACUAUAAAGGUAAAGGGGAAAAACGAGGUCCAAAACCAAAAAACUCAAAGGAUAAUAAGCGUAAAGAAGAAGAAGAAAUAUUUCGUACUCGGAUCCUUCAACUCACAACCUUGUCCAUCAAAGAAUAUUGUGGGUCAUCAUUGCCAUAG